GCUUCUUUUUCCAAUCGCUGGAGCCAAGUCUAAUAUAUCAGAGCCUUCAUAAAAGUCAGACGUUGAUGUGAAACUCAAAUAAUACUGACAAAAAACACAGCAUCUGGCAGAAUGGAGGCGUGCAUGAUCAAGCCAGAGGUCAAGAAGAAACCUAAACCGCCUAAACCUCCCCCAAAGCCUACAGAGUUUAAAAGAAAUGAUCCAGAGAGGCAGGAGAAGCCGACUCCUCUGGUGCCUCAACGACCUACUGACGCUGAACUGAGUCAGACGCAAUACCGAACGAAAAGAGCAGCAGACAAUGAAGCUAAUGGGAACAUGAUACAAACUCCUGUGGUUCCACCCAGACCCACAGAAAAGGAACUUAAAGCCUCAACCAGACACAGCCAACACAGGAGGAUACAGAGCCAAUCCAAAGUUCCCAAUGAUGAGGUAGACUUUAAACAGAGUGAGCAGUCUUUCAAGACUGGAAUGUUUCGUUGGAGCCAAAAAGAGAAAACGCCUUCGUUCACUAGUUACGUAAUCGAUAAUGAGGAGGACAAAACUGUCGAUGUCCCAGCCAAACAGGCUCCAGGCAGCAAAACGGGCGGUCUGAAAGGAGUCAUGAGAGGCUUGCAAAUCAAGUCGUCACCGAAGGCCAGCAGAGAGCCGAGUCCAGAUCCCAGCACGGAGGAAGCCGACUCAGAAAAGGAACAAUCUUCAGAAAAAAACAAGCAGGAAAAGAAUGCAGAACCCAAACAGGACAUCGGAGGUCUGAUUGCUGGAAUGUUCCGGAAAACACCCAAAGAGAAAUCCUCGUCUCCUGCUGUGACGGUCAGCAAGGCAGACAGUGAUCCUGAAGAUGCAGCAGAAGAAGAAGAAGAUGAGGAGAAGGGAGGCUUCUUUUCUGGCAUCCUUAAAAAAUCCCAUAAAACAACAGAUGAGCCACCUGCACAGGACAAUCUCAGUGUUCAUAGUGAACUGUCCGCCAGCAGCGACAGUCUGUCUGAAAACGGCAACAAAAAGGAAAAAGGAGGAAUAUUCAGCGGGAUGUUCAAGAAGAAACCAACAGAAGCUGCUCAAACCAACGAGGACCAACUGAUUCUACAUGAUGAUCUAUCAGACAGUAAUGACAACCUGUCUGAAAACUCAAAGGAAAAAGGAGGACUUUUCAGCGGGAUCCUCCGAAAGUCUCUCAAGAUUCCUGCAGAGGGAACACCUGAGCAGGAUAAAGAGUCGCUGCAAACAGAGCCAAACGACAAUAAUGAGACUUUAUCCGAGAACAACACCACUAAACAGGAGAAAGGAGGCAUUUUCGGUGGAAUAUUCAAGAAAUCUCCCAAACUGUCUGAGGGCCCCCGACUUGAGGAGGGUGCAGAGGUGUUAAACAGUGAGCUCUCUGCCAGCACGGACAGCCUGUUAGAGAACAAGGAGAAAGGAGGUUUGUUCAGUGGACUCCUCAGAAAGACUCCUAAAACAACUGGAGAGGAGAAUCUAUCGGCCCAGAAAGAUCUUUCCGCCAGCAAUGACAGUCUGUCUGAAGUUGCCAACACGAAGGAGAAAGGAAGUGCUUUCAGUGGACUAUUCAAGAAGUCAGCCAGACUUGCUGACAGUCCGCCAACAGAGGAAGAAACACAAGACGAUGAACUCCGAGGCAACACUGAAGCUCUCAUCACCAAGGAAAAAGGAGGAAUAUUUAGUGGAAUAUUCAAGAAACCUCCUAAACCUGCAGAAGCUGCUCAACCUGAAGAGGACGAGUCUCCUGACAGCGAUCUCUCAACCAGCACCGAGAAUUUAUCUGAAAACAAACAGGAGAAGGGUGGAAGGUUGUUCAGCGGACUCCUCAAAAAGACUCCCAAAACGUCUAGAGAAAGGACGGAGUCACCGGAACGAGAAGCUCAGAAAGAGCUGUCGACCAGCAACAACGACCUGGCUGAGAACAACACCACUAAGGAGAAAAAUAUUUUUAGCAACAUGUUUAAGAAGCCACAGAAACCAGCAGAGGGCGCUGCAGCAGACAAGGAUCUGGAGGUGAACACAAAAAAACAGUUGUCUGGUAGCUGUGAGAAUCUGUCUGACACCAACGUCCCAAAGGAGAAAAAAGGUGGCCUGGCGGGUAUCUUCAAAAGAUCAGCCAGUAUUGACGACCUGUUUGACGAGGAGAAAGGCGGUCUUUUCAGUGGACUGAUUAAGAAAACCCCCAAAGCGUCUGGAGACGAGGCCGCUGCGGAGGACAAAGACGACCAGAAGGAGCUGUCAGCAAGUAAUGACAAUCUGUUUGAAAACAGCAACACAAAGGAGAAAAGUAUUUUCAGUGGCAUGUUCAAAAAGACUCAGAAACCAGCAGAGGGGACUACAACAGAUGAGGAAACAAAUGAGGAUAAGACGUUAUCUGCCAGUUGUGAAAAUCUAUUAGAAGCAAACACAUCAAAGGAGAAGACUGGAGGACUUUCAGGGAUCUUCAAAAAGUCUCCUAAACCAGCUCCGCGCUCGAUGGUUACUAAGGAUCCUCUCAAUGAGUUGUCCGCCAGCUGCGACAGCCUCGUUGAAACGGAAGAGGAUAACCCUUCAGCACUUGGUAAAAUGUCAACCAGUAACGACGAUCUCUCUGAAGCUACAAUCGCCCCAAAAGAGAAAAAAGUAGGGUUUGGUAAUAUGUUCAAGAAGACGCCCAAAAUACAACAACAGGACAGUGAGGACAUAAAGGAACCAGAAGGAGGCGGGCUGAGACGCAGGAGAACCAUCAAGAAGAAAAAACGAGUUGUGUCAUUCAGAGUCAAGAAAACUCUUCCCAAAUUACCCAAACUUAAUCUAACUUCUCAGAGUUCAGAAAUGAUGCCUAUUAUUGAGGAGACAUAUGAGCUGCAGGAGCUGAAGCCAGCACAGGAGAGCCACGUGGAGGUCCAGCCUGUUGAGAUGGCUCCUUAUCCUACUGGAGAAAACACCCUCACAGCUGAGCAGGAAAUUGAUGAAGAUUUGAUGGACUGGUGGAACACAGUCAAAGGUUGGGCAGAGUGGAACGAGACGUCUCAUUUCCAGGACGAUGAUGGCCAAAUGGCGAUGGAGCAGGCAGCUGAUCGUGUCUACAUGGCUGCCCGUCUGUUUGUGCGUCUUUUCAACCAGCGGGGGGCGUCCUUACAGCAUCGCAUCCUCGAGCUUUUGGCUCUGGCCGACGCUGCGGAUGAAUUCCACAAAAAAACUGUGAAAGCCGCCGUAGGUGGAGGGGUGGCCAGUGUCGCAGGCAGCAUAGCCACAAUCACAGGGCUCAUUCUGGCGCCUUUCACCUUUGGUGCCUCGAUUAUUGUCACGGCGGUGGGGAUCGGCGUGGCGACGGCGGGCAGCAUCACUUCAGCGACAGCCAAUAUCACCGACACGGUUCACUCCAACAUGGACCGUAAGAAGCUGGAGAAGAUGAUCCAGGGCUACCAGGAGGAGAUCAAAGACAUCAGGGAGUGUUUGGAGUUUGUGCAGGCAGGUAUGGACACCCUGCAGGAUUGGGACUUUGAAAAAUACUCAGAGAGCGCCGCCAAAAAGGCCAUGAACCACAACUUGAAGCAUGUGAUGAAGGAAGGCGGCCGUGCCGGAAAAGCCCUGAUGAUCAACACAGAUAAGCUCAUCAGCACUGUGCAGGUUUUAGGUGCUGCAGGCGGCGUCGCCAAAGCUGCCCAGGCCAUCAGCGUCACCACAGGGGUCAUGUCGGCGCUCUUCCUGGCUCUGGACGUUUUCUUCCUCGCCAAAGACUCCCACGAGCUCCGCAAGGGCGCCAAAACUAAGUUCGCCACCAAGAUCAGGGACGUGUGUAAAGAACUUCAAGACGGCCUCCUGGAGCUGAACAAGGUGAAGACGCAGCUGCAGAAGACCAUGGACGGCAUCGAGGUGGAGGAGUACGAGGAGAUUCAGGAGGUGGAGGAGGAAGUUGAAGACGAUUUUGAGUCGGAUCCAAAGAAGCUGGCGGAGCUGGAGCAGGAGCUGGACCUCCUGGAGAAGAAACUGGACAUGAAGGUUGAGGAGGAGCAGAAGAAGGGAAAAGAGAGUGAGAAGGACAUUUUAAAAAUUAAGAGCCUGAAGGAAAAAGGUGAGCCAGAGGAAAAGGACAAAAAGGAGAUGGAGGAGAAUAUGGGAGAAAAGGAUACUAAGACAGAGGGAAAGAAAGAAAGUAAGAAGGGAAAAGGUGAAUCAGAGAUUACUGUUAAAGAAAAAGUGCAGAAAAAUGAGACUGUCGAAGAAGCUAAAAAGCAAGUUUUAAAAGAACAACCUCAGAAAGGAAAGAAGGUCAAAGAAACUGAGAACCGAAUUACAGCAGGACAAGAAAAGCAGGAGAGCAAGCGUGACCAGGCAACAGAAGACAAUGCUACAAAUAAAAAGACUGAAAUUGGGAAAAAACACGAGGAAGUUCUAAACAGAUCAGGUGAUUCAAAACGAGAGGAACGAAGUGGAAAAACAUCUACUGAGUCGGUAAAGACAGAGAGAGAAAGCAAAAGGAGCAGCAGAGAGGAUGAGAGCGAGAUGAAGCCUGAAUGGAGAUCGAUGAAUAAAGACUCCGAGGCAGAAAUUGUGAGUGUGGGGAGGCACAGCAGCAGGAGCGACAAAGGUCGACCCCACAGGAGUGAACAAGGGAGCAAACAUGAAACGAAAGAAAUCGAAAAGGAAAUAAGCAGCAGCAGAGACAGAAAGCAAAGUGACCGGACGCAGAGCUCGAGGAGGACAGAGGAGGAGACAAGAGUGAAGGACGGGAGAGCUGAGAUGACAAAAGGUAGAGAGGAGAGGAAAGAAGGAAGAGACUCAGAUAGAGGGACGAAAAGGGAAGAUCAUGGAACAAUCGAAGACGGGAGGAAGAAGUCUCAUCGAAGUCAAGAAACACCGACGACGAGGGAGAACUCGGAGAGAGAGUGGACGAGCAGACGGGAGGAAUCUGACUCACAGAGGAGUCACCACAGGAGGGGAACGGCGCCACACGGUGACCACAGAGAGAGAGCAGAGGAGAAACAAGGGAGCAGGAUUGAGAGCGCGAGGAGGAAGUUUGAGAGAGCAGAAGGCAAGGAAGAGGAGGAGAGGGGUAAGAGGAAAGAGGACGGAGAGAGGAGAGGAAGUAACAGAGACAAAGAGCAUGAACACGGCCAUGGAAGAUCUCGACCUAGAUCCAAGGUGCUGCUGGAAGACGGCCUCAAUAUUUAGUUUGAUAGAAGUUAUUUGUGGCAUUUUUUUUAUAUGAAUUCACAUCAUCACAUUAAAGGUUAGGUUUGGAUUGUUUAAAGUCCAACAGAAACUGACAAGGAUUUUUUGCUGGCUCGGCUAUCAAGAAUAAUGUUUUUCAGAUUUCCUCAGAACUAAAUGUAAACUAAAGUAGAAGAUGAGUUUUUAGAUCUCCAUCUCUCGUUUAACUGUGAAUAGCAGGAGAACUUUGUAUCAAAAACCUGGCCAGUUUUUAGCAACGUUUAGACCGUAGUCUAAUGAGAAACUUGGAUGAUUACAUUAAAUUGAAAUCAUUGAAUUGCUUUCAACUUCUUCAGGGGAUUAUGAAAGAAAAAGGUAGUGGACUGCUCGGUUAAUUCAUCCUGAAGAAGAAUUUAGCUUAACUGUAAUACUCUCAUUUUACAUUUUGGCAUGUUAAUUAUAAUAUACACAAAUGUCCAAACCGAUUAUUUUAAUCGUGAGUGAAAACGGUUUCCGUUUCAAAAGUUUUCGGUUUACUGAAGAGAAUAAAUGAGGUAAUGUGAUGAUGAUCUCUUUUUAACUGGAGUUUUUUGUUUUGUUUAAAACGCGUCCAAAAUUUGUAGGGGGCGAUAAGUUGCAUUUAUCGACUUCUGCAUCAGUGUCUUUUUGGAUACUACCACUACAGUUCGCCUGACUCAGACAUUUUAAAAUGUUACACAUGUACAUACAGAAGGAGUUUCAUAAUCUGUCUUUUUUGCUGCUGAAAGCUGAAACUCUAAUUGUUUUUAUUUUUUUUCCCAAAGCAUUUGUAAAUUAAUCUGUAGAGCGGAUUUCCCGCAAAAUCUGACCUGGAUGCAAAUGAUGUCAAUUACAGUGCAGAUGCUGCUAAUAUUAUGUUAAUGACACUUUUUGAUGUUGUGAUGAACCUAAAACAUUUAAAUAUAUAUAUAAAUAUUGGUCUCUGUUACUUUCUAUAGUUCUGGUGUUUCAGGGUUAAACUAGACACUUUUUUUUCCAAGUCCAUAUUGUGCCUUUUUUUUAAUUUUAUUUCACUUUAAGAACCAAUAUGAGUUCUGAACAGGAGAAAAACAGGAUUUUUUUUCAUUGGGUUGUUAUAUUUCAGGUAAUACAAAAACACUAAGGAACAUUUCCUGUUGUUUUUCUUAAAAUUACCUGUUAAAGACAAAUUCAGUUCAGUCAGUGCACUUUAACCAGGCCUUGCCUUUUUUGUGUCAAGUUUAAUGUUUUAUGUCAUUUUUUUUAUGUUUCUGGAAUAUUGCAGAGCAGUGGUCCACUUUGUUUAUAUUUAUCACUGGUGACUGCUUUUGUCUCAUAUUUUAUAUGUUCACUGUAUUUUAUUUUUAUGGGCAAAUGUAUUA